AUGCAAAAAUGUGCAGAGAAGAUGUCUGAGAAAUGGGAUGAUUUUGCUAUAGCAAUUGAGACUGCAGAAAAAUUGAUAGGCCUAGACAGAGUUCGAAGGCAUUUGGAUGGAGUUACCAAAGAAAGCAUGGAUGGUGUUAUAAGGGAGAUGAAGUUUCUGUAUCUAUUUCUUGGUUACACUUCAUCAUCAUCAUCAUCAGCAUCAGCAGCAGGAAAUGAAAAUGAUAAUGGUGAAGAUGAUACUAUGGAUCCCCAGUUCAUGGACAAAUUAAAGGCGACAGAAAAGUACUUGCGAGUGAAUCUUCAGCAUGGUUUUAUUGACAGAUUCCUAGAUGAAGCACAGAGUUUGGUUACUAAACUGGCCAACUUCAAGAAAAAGCCUGAGGACAACGUCGUUGUUUCAGUACCCGCGGCACCAGGCGCAGCGCCGCAGCCUAACUGGUCCACCUCAAGAUCAACAGGGUGGCGUUAUUUUUACAUCUUUGUGGAGUCCAAUCUUCAGUAUUUGUCAGAGGAGGAGGAUGAGGUGCAGGAUUACUUGGGUGUUCCUCUGAGGAAGCAAAUGAGAGCCUUGCAAAUGAGUCUCAAGUCUCAUGAUUGGAUUCUCAGUGUUGGUGACGAUGAUCAGCAUCUCUAA